CGCAGAUUGAGUCGGAAUUUUCUCAUUAUUUAACCAAGGAGAACUCCCCUAUCAUUCACGGACUUUGUACAGUGAUUCAAAGAUUGAUCCCGUGUACUACCUGAUAGCUUUGCAAAAUGACAGUAGUACGAAUUGAGACCUGGGAUUUUAAAGCGGAUGUCCCCACUGCGUCUAUUAAGGAAAUGUGCGACCGUUACCUUGCCUUGAAAAAAGAACUACCAUUUAUCCUCUCCUUCACCGGGGGAUUAAGCUGGGAAAUGUUUGAAGACAGUCGGCAGCGUGUUGUGUUCGUGAUUGAGUUUGAGAAUCAGGAUGACCUCAAUCGCUACAUUGACGACCCCACACACGUCGCGCUUGAGAUGAACAUGGGGUCAGAUGCAGUGACAGAAGGGGUGAGGAAUAAUCAGUAUACCAAUGGAUUUUGGGGUUAAAGACCAUGUUUAUACGCAUCGCUAGAUGCAGGGUAGCAGAUGGUACUGUAGAGAAUUAGAUCUAACCUGCUGGUUAGCCUAAGGUACUCCCACAAUAACUGAAAUCAAUGUGAUGGCUCGUCGACACGCCAAGAACGGUCAAAAUCUUUGAUCCCCAAGUUUGGUGGACACUGCAGAGGCCCCGGUUGCGUUAGCGACGUUAUGCAGCCCCCUUGUAGACUCUUACAGUAUCUUUUCGAGCAACC